AUGCUAAAAUAAGCACCCUCCACGCUAACUUGAGCCGCCGCGCGCAUUUUAAUCCAUACCCACCAAACCACCAUCAUCAAAUCAUGCCAAGCGCUCUCAAACUCACAAAUUUCUUCAUUCUCCACGCCCAUAAACCCUACAGAUUGUUCGCCAAUUUAUCCUCUCCCUCCCACGCCGCCGUCGAUUCAAGGAAUAUCCCGCGGCUCAGCUAUCUCUCCAGCUGGCGGUGCAGGAUAACAACCCUAUUCAACAACCCCUCGCGCGUUAGCCCCGCCCCCAAAUUCUCCCGCGGCCAGAAUCUCUGCUUCUACACAUCCGAUUCCGGGAAAUACGGCCAUUUUGAUCGCGGCAGGAGCGAUAAUUUGGGGACUCCAAUGGGGGCCGCUGUUGAUGGAAAGGUGGAGACCGAAACUCGCGAAGAAUCAGAUUUUCCGCCGCCGCCGCCGCUGAGCCACGGCGAGAAAUCGCCGCGAAAGUCGUCGAAAUUGCUCACAUUGCCUACGAUCCUGACGAUCGGCCGCGUCGCUGCCAUACCGAUUCUCGUUUACACUUUUUAUGUUGAAAGCUGGUGGGGACCAUCAGCUACGGUAGGAAUUUUUGUCACAGCUGCCACUACCGAUUGGCUUGAUGGAUUUCUCGCUCGAAAGAUGAAAUUGGGUACUCCAUUUGGGGCAUUUUUGGAUCCGGUGGCUGAUAAGCUCAUGGUUGCUACUACCUUGAUCUUGUUGUGCACUAAACCCCUUGAUGCUGGUAUAUUUGGCCAUGGACCAUGGCUAUUGACUGUGCCUGCAACUGCCAUAAUCUGUAGAGAGAUAACCAUGUCGGCAGUCAGGGAAUGGGCUGCUUCUCGGGACAAAAAGCUUUUAGAGGCUGUUGCAGUUAAUAACUUGGGGAAAUGGAAAACUGCCACACAGAUGAGUGCAUUGACUAUCCUUUUGGCUGCCGGAGAUGCAAGCUUUGUAGGGGACGGAACUCUUGUUUCUUCGGGGGUAGUGUUACUCUAUAUUUCAGCCUGGCUCUCCUUAUGGUCAAUGAUAGUUUAUAUCAAAAAGAUAUGGCGAGUGCUAAUACUGUAGUGAUGUUAACCAUCAAGGUUAGUGAUUACUGAAACAGAGUCACCCCCUGCUAUAUAGAUAUAGAAUUACAUAGGUAUAGACUAUAGAUGGCUAUUGGAGGUUCUUCAGCCUCACUCGACUGGAGAGAAAAAUGAGCUUUAGUGCUUUACAUAUUGGGUUGAAGACUCCUCUGCUCUAGGAUUUUCUUUCCUCGCUGACCUAAAAACAUCAACCAACAAUGCCUGCUACUCCAAGCCAGAAACCUCUGGCAACGAUUUCCUGUAAAAUACCUGGUAUAGAUGCUCAUUUUUUUGGUUGUUAUUAUCGAUAUUAUUCGUUGUUUUGGUUGUU